ACAACAUCUCGCUGCAUUUCCUGAGGGCGCAGCUGGAUGGGUCGAUAGCAACAUGGGUCUAGGAGCAGGUGCAGGUCUAUCACGUAGCAGAAGGAUAAUGAUGUCCUCACACGGCACAGCUUGUCAUGGUAAAGACGCGGUUAAUCUGAUAGGCGACCUACCCGCCGCGUCCCC